AUCACAUUGUACACAGUGUUACCACCCAAUCGUUACUUCUACCAUCCAUCAUACGGCAAAAUGCCUGACUUGUCCUGACUUCCCGAGAUGCCCGGCUUCCCCGUGAUCUUCCAUUUCUCUUUUGCUCGGCUCAGUUCGCGAUGAAGGUAAUAAUGGCCGUCACGGUUCAGACUCAUCGUGAGUAAGCGCUUUCCAAACUACAUACGGCGGCGAACGACAUGGCGCCACCAAUGAGGAAGCUCUAUGCCUUCGGUUUCAACCUUGGAGAGCCUGGAGAGAAUGCCCUCUUUCCGAAGGUGCCUUGGAGUAGCGCUGUAGAUGAAGCCAUUGGCAGGGGUGAUAAGGGCAAGGACUACAUUGUUGAUGAACCGAGACUUCUAGCAUGCGCGCUGCAUGUAGAGGUGUUGUCCUGUUCAUGGUGCGAUUCUUUAGUCGCUAUCAAUGCUACAACAUCUGCUCAAGGUUCCACAUUCCAUUAUAGCGGCAUGGGCCUCUCUCCUUCCCAAUCCCGCUACUUGAUAUCCCAACCUGUAUUGAGAUCCGACUCUAUGCGAGAUGUCAAGGUGUUCGCUGACGCGAUGGGUCGUGGCAUACAAGGCUUUCUUCUGAACCGCAUCUCGGAUGUUCCUCUGGACUCUGGCUUUGAACCUCCUUCUCUAGCGGACUGCACGACACUGACGGUUUUCAUUCCCCUUCAUGAGGCCAAAAAGAGCGAAGAUGACUAUAUUACCGUAACGCUGCGACCCGGCCUGCGCAUCGAACAUGUAGCCAUUGGCGCGGAAGGACGCACCACAUUCACGACAGCUGAGCCAGGACCCGGACUCAAAGGGAGCUCUCCGCACAUCCAUCGAUAUAUCCGGACAGUAGCAAAUCCGAGCCAGUUGUUAGACUGGGCAAAACGGCAUCAGAUAGACGCAUCUCCAGACUGUGUAUCCACCGAUAGUCACAAGUCAUGCAAAGAACAAUGCAGCCCCUUCCCCGACCCCCUAGCGACCCUCAUCUCCAACCACACCACCAUAACCCUCCUCACGACAACCGGCCAAGUCUACAGCUUCUUCCCGGAUCCGCGCUUCCCCCGGUGUCUCGGCCGACCGUGCGACCCCUUCCACUCUCCUUCAGACACCCCAACUCCGAUUCCCUAUCUCUCCGAAACCCGCAUCGUCAAAAUUGCGACUGGUGGCUAUAUGACCGCUGCCAUAAGCGUGGACGGGGAGUUCUUCAUAUGGGGCCAGGCGGGUCCGGGGAUGGAGGAAUUAGCCGUUCUCAGAGGAACGGAACAGUAUCAGGAAGUGGAAGAGCAGGAUGAGUUCGUCAAGCUUGUUCAUCUAGCCAUCGACGGUCAUCCUGCACGGGCUACACACGUUGCCGUUGGAAGUGGCCAUGUCCUCGUCGCGGCAGAGGCAGAUGUCCAAGAGACAGGCAAGGUGCUGAGAGCCGUGUUUGCGGCCGGAAAUGCGGAGUACGGACAACUGGGGAUAGGCAGGAAGCGCAAGUUUGUCGAUAAUUUCGUCGAAGUGCCGGAUUUCAGGGGGUGUAAGGUGGUGGAUUUGGCGGCGGCGGGUUGGGCGAGUUGGGUGCUUGUUGAGGCGGAGGAGGAGUUGGGACGGAGAUGACAGUGAUGGAACCAGGUGGUUGCACGCGUGGUCUUGUGCAUGACUUGUGCAUGGGGUCGUCUGAACUGGCCUUCUGAAUGGGGUUAUUCUGAAUCGGGUCUGCUGAAGUAGGGUUUUUUGAACAAAACGUUUUGGAAUUUC